AAACGCUUGGAUGCUGGUCGGGUGCAGACGUCCUUCGGCCUUGACAGUGUUAUAGUCGAGUGCUAGAAUAAAUUGCUGCAACUAGUUUAAAGUGCGGAAAACGUCUCGGCUGAAUGAAAAAAUUUUAAGUUUCCCUCAUAAUAUACACACACAACCUGAGUAACGUGCUAAGAAUAAGGCAAUAACGAUAUUGGCCAGUGUUUUUUUUUGUUUUUUGACAAUCAAGACAAAGCAGACACCACGCACAGCAGAAUUGAAGCGUUCUAAUGAAUACAUAAGUAUACACACACACACACACACACACACAUCCAUACAUACAUAUAUACACAAACGUGAAAAGAAAAGUUGUUUUAGGUCAAACAAAAGCCAAAGCGAAGCAAAAAACGAAAAAAAUUCGAACAUUACGGAUAAUUUAAGAGAGCGCGAACAAAGGCCAAAAAUAAUGAAAAUCAAUUGGAAAAACCUUUAAAAAGCCAGCCUGAGAAAAUUAAGGAUCAACUAAAGCUGAGACGCCGCAUCCGUUGAUGAGCAGCUCGUUGGCUAUAAAUACACCGCAGAGCGAGACGUCAAUGCGGUUGUAAUGCCGUCACGUCGCAGCGGUGGUGUUGGCACCACACGGCGCAAGCACUCGGUGGGCAAUCUGCGCAGGGCGCAUCCGGCCUCUGGUGCCACAUGGAAUGUGCAGGUGGUGCGCGGCAAGAUGUCCUCGAAAUGCUUGUGGCACGCGUGCCGGGCACUAAUAUUGGGCCUGGCCCUCAUGAUGGUGGGCGCUGGCAUGGCCACGCUGGGCUACUAUGCGGAUCAUCUGUCCAUGGGCUCCGAGCUGCGUGGCAAUGUUACGGUGCGUGUCAAGAACGAUCUGAAGGGCUUUCAUUUGAACAAUUUCGCAUAUGUGGGACCCAUUGUCAUGGGCUUCGGCGGCUUCAUUGUCGUCGCCUCCUGUGUGAUGACCUUCGAGGCACGCGACUCCGCGGCCAAGGUGGUGCCGGCACGUCUCCGCGCUGGCGGCGGCAGCUGCAACAAAACGACAGCGCGCAGCAAUCAAGGCAGCUCCGCCUCGCAGCGCCGUGGCAUGGGUGCUCAGUAUCAGACGACGCGCUGGGAUCAGCAUUUUGGCGUCUUCCGCUCCUCGCCCGGCGAUCCACAUCAGCAGCUGCAGGCGGUGGCUGGUGCGGCUGGCGCUGGUCAGCAGCAGGCGCAGCCUUUUGAUCGCGAGGCUCUCACCGCGGAGCUCAUCAACUUCUCCAAGUCACUCAGCGCAUCCACACGCUUCUCGCCACAGCUGCGCCGUCUCACCUUCACUGGUUCCGUGCCCAAUCUGUCUACCAUCCGUGCAAACGCUCAUCCAACCGCCUGCAUCGACACUAAUCACUCCAAUCUGUUCUUGCCGCAUCCCAAAAUGCCGCUGGAACUGCUACUACAACAACAACAACAACAACAACAACAACAAAUGUGCUGUAAACGGCAUCACCAUCAUCGCCAUCACCAACACAAACAACGCAAACAACAAACGUCCACCUCGAGCAGCAGCGUCCGGCGCGUGCGUCAAACGCGCACAGCCACCGCCCCCGGCGGCGGCAACGGGGUUGGCGUCGGCGGUUUCGGCUCCGGCGGCUCGAAUGCACGCCUCAUCAGCAACUCAUCCAGUUUGAUACAGCGCGCGACCAGAGAGUAUGCCGCCUGCACCUUACUGCAGCCGCCGGCAGCCAGCCGCGUUUACUGGCAAGCCUCGUCCUUUGAUGCCGGCAUAGGCGCAAGCUCAACUCACGGCUCUGCUGGCGGCGAGAAGCGCGCUGAGCGCAACAAACGCUCCGAUACAGCCAAACGUCAUGUGCUGGCACGUCAGCGACCCAUCGAGCAUGAGGAGGCUGCAGCGGCGGCAGCGGCAGCUGCCCGUGAUCGGGAGCGUUGCAGUCCGCUGGGACACAGGCGCAACUCAACCAUGUCAGACUCGUCGUAUAGCGGCCGCUGGACGGCGCGUUGUGCUUCGGUAGCGAGUCGCACUUCGAGCAUUGAUUCACGGCGUAUCCAGGUGGAUCUGCACAGUCCGGAAGUGAUGCCCAAGUCAAUACUGCGCUCGCCCAAACGCUACAGUUCCGGCCCCUCGGCGACGCCAUCAGUUGAGAAGGAGUUCCGCAGCCAAUUGUCGGUCUGUUCAGAGCCGCCUCCACCCGUGCGUCAGCUGUCGGGACAGUCUAGCAUGGAGCCGGCUGUGCCGGAGGAGAGUGUGGAGCUCAUCGACGAGCGUGUCGCGAUUGAGUGCCACAGCAACAGCGAGUGCAACGUGGCCUACAGCGAGAUCAGCGAGCUGGUGCAUCAUACGCACAGCCUACCGCCAAAGAAACAGCGACCCGACUUUUUGCCGCUGGGCGGCAGCUCAGAUCAGCCACAGCAGCAGCAACAACAACAGCAACAACAACAAGAACAGCAACUGCAGCGUGAACGAGAGCGGGAGCAGAAGACGACACUAUAUAGAAGCAACAGUUCCAGGCAAUUCUAUCGGCCCAAGCCGGCCAUAGCCAAGGAUCGGGAUGAUUCGGUUUUCUAUAUACGCUCACUGGAGCGUGCCGGCAGCGCGGCCAGCGGCGAUGAUCACAUGUACGAUUCGCUAAAGGUGAUCAAUGAGCGUCGCACCACCCUGCUAAAGGCCGAUUCGCAGAGCUCGUUGGGCUCCGCGGAGCGCAAGCUGAGCAGCUUUUCGCUCAAGAUGCCGGACAUAACGGAGCGCGAGAAUUCCAUAGAUAUAGAGGACGGACCUCCGAUAACACAGUCAAUCGUAGAGCUUGAGAAAAACCCAGAUGAAACUUGAAUAUUGACCUAGAUAAUAUAAAUAUGUGUGUGUGUGUGUGUGUGCGCGUGUGUGUGUUGUGUGUAUCGAUAAGGUGUAUUGGAUAUUUAACCAACGACAGUUACUUUAGCACGGAUCUAUUAUAAUGUUGGGGAAAAACAGAGAUUUUUUGAUAAGCCAGCAAAAAUUGGUACACCGAAUUUGAAUUUAAGUUAAGUACAGAAAUACGAUAUCAAAAUACCCUUACUUUCACUUUCGCGAAUCAAAUCUAUUUGAGAAAAUCGUUAACUAUGAAUCGUUAUCUGUGUUGCCCUAGGCGCUAAUCGAUGUAUUACGAAUUAACUAUUUUAUAUAUGUAUUUAUGUGUUUCAAAUUGUAGUCUUCCCGCUGUUGAAUUGUUAAUGUAACUACAAAAAAAAUAAUAAGAAAUCGAAUAUAACAUUGUUAUAUGUUAAAAUGCAUUCUAUGGAUAUAAACGAGCUUUUAAUAAUUAAGCGCUCCGAACCCGAUUCCGGCUGUAUUCUGUUUCCUCUGUCUAAGCCACAAGAAACCAAAUGCUUAAGAAUUCAAUUUGAAAUUGUAUAUAAGAAACUAAAUGUAAUAUUACAAUCAGCUUACAAGCGAAGACUGAUGUUCGUAAAUUUAUGUUCUCAAAGUUCUGAAAAAAUGUCAAUUUCUGUUCAAAUACAAUGAAAAACCAAUAAGCAAUUAUAAUUAUUUAUAAUGCACAGAGUGCAACAAAUUAACAAAAUUAUGUUUCAAGUGUUCCACAACUUAAACAUUAUAAAGCGAAAAAACAAAAAAAAAAAAACAUCAGAAAAUCCGAAUAUCAGCUAACUUUGGUUUACUGAAGUUUAUCAGAGUUAAUAUAUCAAAUAUUUUCACAGAAGGUUUGCAGCAAUUUCUACCAACGUAAUUAUUGAUAAUCAUAUAAAACAAUAAUGUAAAGUAUAUACUUUACAUAUUAAUUAUACACACAUAAAUAUGUAUUUUAUAUCUGAGUGUUAAUUUAUAAAUCGAAAACGAAAUCGAACACAAGAAAUGUUUCUUAAUCCAUGUUUCUUAUAAAUGUGUUGAACAAAAAUUUAGUGCAGUCAGGCAUUGACACUAAAAGAAAUACGAAGGAAUUUGUACUUAUGAAAAUAUCAGAAAAAAAAAAAAAAACAAAAACAA